AUGUACAUCCUGCAGAAAGUUCAGACUAAAAAAGAAAAGAAAAUAAAACAAGACAUCAAAGACAUCGGCACAGAUCCUAUUUCCAGGAUGCUUUUGGUUUUCCCACAGACCAAGACCUACUUCUCCCACUGGAAGGACCUGAGUCCCGGCUCUGCUCUGGUGAAGAAGCACAGAGCCACAGUGAUGGGUGGAGUAGCUGACGCUGUGGCUAAAAUCGRUAACCUGACCACAGGUCUGCUCAGCCUCAGUGAGCUGCAUGCCUUCACUCUGAAAGUGGACCCGGCAAACUUUAAGCUGGACUUAUAUUUAUCUGCUCUCUCCCACAACAUCCAACAUGUGGUUUUGGCCAUCAUGUUCCCCAGAGACUUCACCCCCGAGGUCCACGUGGCCAUGGACAAGUUCCUGUCCGCUGUGGCUCUGGCUCUGUCCAAGAAGUACAGAUGA